GAAGAAGAUAAGAUGAAUCCAAAAAAUGGGUAAUGAUUGAGUCUUCCAUGGAUGAAUGAUUAGGUUCAUUCACAGAGCAAGUAACAGAAAUGGGUUCUGCAAGAAACUCCAAUCCAAAUCCAUAUCCAUGGACUCCAAAGGAUUGUUCUGAAGGAAUCUGCAGCAUCUACUGCCCCCAGUGGUGUUACAUAGUCUACUCCCCUCCUCCUCCUUCACUCUUCUUUGGUGCUAAUGCUGAUGCUGAUGAUCCUUCAGGAUUUCAGUUUUCUCCUCUCAUAGUUGCUGUGAUUGGAAUAUUAGCCAGCACUUUCAUAUUGGUCACAUACUACACCAUCAUCUCAAGGUUCUGCAGACGCAGCACCAUCAUGCAAUCAAAUGAUUCUGCACCAGAAGAAGAUGGGAGCAGUGAACUGGGUCAGGUUUCUUCUUCCUCAAACUCUGGUUUGGAUGAGGCUCUCAUCAAAUCCAUCACAGUCUGCAAAUACACCAAAGGGGUGGUGGAGGCUCAUGAUUGUUCGGUUUGUUUGAGUGAGUUUGAAGAGAAUGAGAGUUUGAGAUUGUUGCCAAAAUGCAACCAUGCGUUUCAUCUCCCUUGCAUUGAUCCUUGGCUCAAAUCUCAUGCCUCUUGCCCCUUGUGCCGUUCCACCAUCACCAUUGUUUGCCCAAAUCCUGCCAUGGAACCGCCACCAACACUCACUGUUAAUGCCUUGGAAUAACAGCAUAGAAGUAGCCAUGUUCUUGUUGUGGUUGUUCAGAGCUCCGAGCAGCAGCAUAAGGUGCUAAGUUUUGAUUCUCACACUUUCAAUGAGACUGAAGGGUAGAUGAACUUAGAUCUAUGUUCACAAGAUUGAGAGAGAGGGAACGAAUUCUGUUCUUCCAAAUUCAUGGUAUGUACCAAAUUCUGUUCUCUGUAAAAUCUGUAUCAUAUAACAGAAAUUGUUGAACAUCAAGAUCAUUGUUGAUGUGAAUUUCACAUAAAUGUAAAUCCUUGCAGAGAGUUGGUUUAGCCAAGAGGAACUCCACAAGUAUCAAGUUUCUUCUAAAUGUCCUUACAUUACAUCUUUC